AAAAGUCAUACCUAUACACAGCAUUUUUACACAAUUUUACAAAAUAUUACAAUAUUCCACAAAUUUUAAACCAUGGAUUCAUCCGAACGUACACCAACAGCACAGUUCACCUACGAAACAACACCUACCAAUGUCACUACCCUUGACCCUACCACAACCAAAGUACGCUCCAAUACAGCCUAUGCUGAUAUCACAUCUCUUCCAACUGAUACCUACGUACCGCCACCGGAUGAGGAUCCCUCUACUCAUGGGACCACCACCGCCCCCGAGAUGACUAAUGAAACCGGACCUACACCACAGGUCGCGUCUGAUAAGCGCAGCGAUAUUUUUCUGGACAUCAGCGCGGCUCCUCCGAAACCACCUCCGGAACGCUAUCCACAAACCGACGACGGUUUCAACAUGGGGCUUGAUCUUGGCCUGGACCUUGAUCUAGACCUUGAUCUAGGCAUGUUGGUGGAUUAUCAGUAUGAUCCCACCGCCGAUGAUACCUACAGUGCAAACUCUGACACUCUCCUAGCAAGAAAAACAGAAUCUUUUGAUUUUGUCCUGGAGGUUGAUCAUGAGGAAGCUAAAGAAGAAACUGAGGUUACUGAAGAGUCCACUCCAACCAUGUUGGAUAGAAUGCCCUAUUUUGAGAAAUUCAUGGAUGCUAUGGUGGAAUACGGAGCUGUGAAACGCCUCAAUAAUUUUCUGCAUAAGAAAAUGGCUGAUUAUUUCAAGAAGAGAAAAAUGGAUCAUGUUCUUGAAGAAGCACCACAUCCAGACGAGGCGAUUAUAAAAUACGGUAAGAAAUUGGAUAACUACGCAUCGCUUCAAGAAAUUGAUGUUGUCCAAAAAAGGGAAUUAACUACAGAAGUCACUUUAUUACGUGAUGUCAAAGAAAAACAAUGCAACCGAGCUGAAACUGCGUUUCAGAACUUGUUGAACCACGAGAUUGAAAUCGGCGUGGGUUUAAUCAGCUCAAAAACAGGCAAAGAGAUCUCCGAGAAGACCAUUGAUCGAUUAAUCAGCGCGCAGAUUACGAAAUCUGAUGAAUUGCGAGACCUGCGAUUGCUGCACAUCACGAUUCGUAAUGCAGUCACGUAUAAAAACAACGAAAUUAAAGCCAUGGACAAAAUUGGCGAAAACUAUACUCUUAUAGAAUUUGAGCAAAUGAAAAUCGAGAAUCAAAGCAACCUGGAUAAAAUCGAAGAGCGUGAUGACGAAUUGAUGCGCUUGCGAAAAAAGUGCACGAAUGCAAUACAAUCAUUGGCGCAUGUUCGAGAAAAGUGUUCGGCAUCCGAACAGAAUAUUACGAUUCUCAAAGAAACGCUGCAUGAGAAAGAAAAAGCGAAAACAGUGAUUCGUGAACAAAUGAAUCAAUUGAAGCAGGAAAGAGAUUUCUACCGGCUUGAAACACAACGCUUAAAGGACGAAAAUGGUCUGUUGACUAAAGACCGUCUGUUGAUCGACAUGGAAAACGCUAUGCAAGCGAUCGAGGACCUUGAAAAACUCAACCAGUCUAAAAGAGAUAAAUUAAGAGCAGGCAAGGAACGUCUGCACAAUUUACGAAUGCAUUAUGAGGGCGAAUUGAAGAGACGCAUCAACAUGGGCAGAAUGCGAGUGGAAUUCAUCCUUGCGGAGCCUAGUGAAGUGGUUACCAGGAAAGUUCGACCAAAAAAACCGAAUAAAUAUCUGGGUGAACGCCCAUCAAUCAUAAAACCCGAUAUUAACUGCUACCAGCGUUUAAUAUCGCGUAGUGAUUCAGUAUUCAAGCAACAAUAACUAUUGUAUGAAAACCAGUCAAAAUAAUACGGAAUAAAUUCUUUUCAUCACGCAUUUAUUGAA